AUGUCUAGACGAAAACAAUAUCGACCUGUACGAGUACAGGAAGAAGAUGACAAAAUAAAUGACAAUAUUAAAAGUAGCGAUGGUGGUACGACGACGACGAAUGAGCCACUAACGACAGAAGAAGAUGAAAAGGGUGCCUCGGCGAGUAACGUAGUAAAAUCAAUAAACGCAGAAACCGCAAAAGUAAAAACAAAAACAAUUGAAAGGAAUGUACUUCUUCCAACGAAUACUGCAGCAGCGGCCACAAAAACACUCAAAAAGUUAAUCGAAAAUAAAUUUGUGAAUGAAAAUAAUUUGCUGCUGGCACAAGUUGCUGCAACGAGUGACGAAAUAAAUGGAACCGGAAAAAGGGUUAACGACAGCUCAGAACUCGUUAACGGUGACGACGGCUCAACGAUGCAUGGACUCGCGUUUCUCCAAUCCACGUUUUUUGCGUUGCAGCAACAGCAGAUGAUGCAAAUGAAAUGGAUUCAGGAGUUGCAGUCGCAAAUAAAGGAUCCCCCUGAAAAAGUUUCGAAUGAGGCAACAACUUCGGAAGACAUUGAAAAGCAAAUUAAAGAGAUCAAAAUUGAGGUUAAAGAUGGCGGGAAAGCUGGCAUUGUUGAUGAUUCACCGCGAGAAGCGCCCUCUGAACUACGAAUUUCACCAAAAUCCAUUCAAAAGUCGGAAAAUGAUCAACCGUUGUCGCUCGCUGAAAGUAUUAUAAUGGAUCAUGAACCGCCAACGCAAGUUUCUUCCCUCGAGAUGCUUCAAAAGCGCACACAAGAAGUUCUCGCCAAUGCCACGCAAAGUUUAAACAACGGAAGUCUCACGGAAGAACUUGCUUAUUUGCGAGAAAAUGGCUCCGCGAACGAGGCAAAUUACAAGCAUCGUUGUCGAUAUUGCGGAAAAAUCUUCGGAUCUGAUUCAGCGUUGCAAAUUCACUUGAGAUCGCAUACCGGCGAACGUCCCUUCAAAUGCAACAUGUGCUCGUCGUCGUUCACGACAAAAGGCAAUCUCAAAGUUCACUACCAAAGACAUCAGCAGGACAAUGCUUUCAUGCAAAUGAAUCCGGGGCAACCCCUGCCAGGCAACAUGAACGAUCGAAAUGGCGGCGAUUCGCCUCCUCCUCCUCCAACUCCGGCAAGAUCAAUGUCUCCCGCAACUCCGGGCAGCGUGAAUAUGACUCGACCUCCAUCGUUUCAAUUUCCCCCAAACUUCGCAUUGCCCGGUUUCCCAUUUCCUUUUCCUCGUCCGCCAAUGGAGUUGUUGGAAAAAUUGCGAAUGAACAUUUAUGAGGCACAAAAAACCAUGGAGAAUGAAAGAAAUAUCGAAGAAGCAGCAGCAGCAAAAAAUUUGGAGAAACAAAGACGAAGUCCUUUAGAGAAACCGGAAGAAGUCAAACGAAUCAAACUUGAAGCCCCAAAAACGCCAGAAAUGAAAACGACUGCUGAUGAAAAUGCUCGAAUACGAUCCCUGCGUUCGUAUAAAAGCUUUUCCGAUACAAAAUCUGAGAGUAGAUCUCCGUUGCCGACGACAAAAACAACGCCUCCUCCGCCGCAUACAAAGUCACCAAUCAAUUAUAACUUGGUUCUGCCACGAUUCGGGAGCAAAGACAAGUCAUGGGAAAAGUAUAUUGAGGUAACAAAGACGCCAGAAACGUCAAAACUACAACAAUUGGUUGAUAAUAUCGAGAAUAAGUUGCAAGAUCCAAACGAAUGCCCGGCUUGUCAUAAGGUUUUGUCGUGCAAAAGUUCCUUACUGAUGCAUUAUCGCAUUCAUACGGGAGAGAAACCCUUCAGAUGCAAGAUUUGUGGGCGCCCAUUCACAACAAAGGGAAACUUGAAAGUUCACAUGAGCAUUCAUCGUGUCAAGGAACCCUUCGCUGGCUUCAAUGCUUGUCCAAUUUGUCAUCAAAAGUUCGACAACAUCUUCCAGCUGCAGGAUCAUAUCAGAAGUCACACAAUGGAUCACGAAAAAUACGACUACGAUGAAAGUGUCGACUCGAGCAUGGACUUAAGUAGUCCCAAUUUGGAUACCGAACACGAUGACGAGGAAGCCCUCGACUUGGCUUACACCGAAAUGCGUGAAAGGCACAAAAAAAUGGAAAACGAGCUACGAGAACACGCAAAAACAGAAACUCAAAGAUUAGACGAAAACGAAGAAAAUUCUGAAGCAAAAUCGCCCUUCAAGGCUGAAAACUGUUCAAAAUGUGGAAAAAUUAUUAAUCGUGAAUUAAUUGAUGAUGAUGAUGUCUGUAUCUGUGAUAUGGAUAAAAAUACGAAAAUAGAGGCGAUGAUGAUGAUGGUGAUGCGCCAGAGACGCGAUAACGACGAAAAAGACGCCAUGGAAGAGCAGCGAAAGGAAGUUGAGUCACCUCAAGACAGACAGGAAGAAGCUGUUAACUUGAAAAAGCGUUCGAGGAGUCCCUCAUCUGAGACAGAAGGCAUUAAUAAUCAGACUUCAUACUCACCAAAGCAUUUAGACAACAAAGUUCGUUCAGCUGACGACGAAUUAAGUUCGGACUCUUCGAAGCCUCUCAUGUACGAUUCGGAUCAACAUUUGAAGGAUUGCUGCGACACUCUUUCGCCCAUAACGCAACAAUUGCACUCGUUUACGGUGAAAGAGCUGAAUAAUUUGGCAAAUUCGAAUAAUCAUCAUUCGCCGCCCGCAUCGUCGCCUUCGUCGACCUCUGCUUCUGCAGCUUCUAACCAAAAACACUAUUGUCGCAUGUGCAAACGGAACUUUAGCUCGAGCUCGGCUCUGCAAAUCCAUACGAGAACGCAUACCGGAGAUCGACCCUUUGUUUGUCACGUGUGCUCAAAGUCAUUUACCACCAAAGGAAAUUUGAAGGUACACAUGGGCACUCACAUGUGGACAAACACCGCAUCACGUCGCGGAAGACGAAUGUCAUUGGAGCUUCCUCUCACUCGCCCUCUCAAUAUCAGUCAACAAGACGCUGAAUUUUUGCAACAUCGCCCCGAACUCUUCUACCCGUACUUACCGCCGCCCUUUUUGAACGGAAUGGCUCACAAAUUAAAUGACGUCAUGGGUCAUCCUCCAAUGUCUCUCUUGCACUCCCAGAUGAAUCAAGGAAAAUUUCCUUUUCCUCCCUUUUCGCUUCCUGCGAUGAAUUUACAUGCGCGCUCGCCAUCGCCAUCGAAUCAAAAUAUCAAUAACAGCAACUUUAAUGGCAGUAACGACCGAAAAUCGAAACGCGAGAACAACAAUGAGGAAAAUGAGGACUUGCCAGUAAUUAAAAAGGAAAAGGAAGAAGAUAGUGACUCGGAAAUGGACACAGAAUUGGAUCUUUCGGUCAAAGGACGUCGUAAUGGCGCGAAUUGUGAUUAA